AUGGCGGCGGCGGCGGCGACGCUCCGGUGGGUGCUGCAGCUGCACCGGGACGUGCCGCGAGCGGCGCGGUUCUACGCGGAGGGUCUCGAGUUCAGUGUGAACGUCUGCACGCUCCGCUGGGCCGAGCUGCAGUCGGGGCCGCUCAAGCUCGCGCUCAUGCACACCAACGACAGUAAUCUUGCAUCACAGAGAGUCUAUUCUUCGAUGCUGUCCUUCACUGUACCAGACAAACAGUACUGUAUCGAAGUUAAUGGCAUUGGGAGCUGA